CAAGUAUUUCAUUUGUGCAUGUCUUUUCUAAACACUGCUCUGCUCUCACUCAGGAAACAUCUUAACCUUAUUUUUCAAGCAUUUCUUCUUCCAGUUAUUUCUGUGCAGAUUCAAUCAUUGAAUCAAUCUAUGUAGAUUCGAUCUCUCUGAAAUUCCUUAUUUGUUCAUCUCAAUUAUCACAUCAAAACUUCACAAAUCGAUUGUAUAACUUUUAGUUGACACUUGAUUUCGUUAUCCUUCGAUUGGUGUAUAGUUCAUCUAUCUCAAACCUGAAGUUUGGGGUUUGAAGAAGGAAAAGCAAGCAAGCACAUCUGAUUUCGAUUUUUAGAGGUUUUGAAAGAAGUACACCUGAUCAGCAAUCUCUCAUAUUGCCAUAGAUACAGUUUUAAGAUGGAUACGAGUUGGAUGUCUUUACCAAGAGCUACUACUGAAUAUGAAAACGGUCUUGACAAAUUUCUUGAUUUUAUCUUUUCUACCGAGGGUAAAAAUGGUCAAAUAUCAUGUCCAUGCAUUGAUUGCAGUAAUCAAAUAUGGGUUAAUCGGGAGGAGGCUAGAACGCAUCUCCAAUGUGUCGGGUUUAUUAAAGGCUACAGAAUUGCACCUUUUAUUUCCGAAUCAUGUGAAACCCCUAUGUUGGAUGCUGAAGAUGACAUGCAAGGGUUGGUGCAUGAUGCAUUCAACGGGUUUGGUGAGAACAUACAUGAAAAUGAAAUAGGGACACAAAAUGAAAGUCAAAGUAUACCAAACACAAAUGUAAAAAAGUUUUAUAAAGCGUUAGAAGAUGCAAAGAAAGAACUAUAUCCUGGGUGUAAGAAGUUCUCGGUUCUUUCUUUUAUCAUUAGACUAUUUCAUAGUAAGUGUAUUGGGAAAUGUAAUGACAAGGGUUUCAGCAUGAUGCUUGAUACAUUGAGGGAAGCCUUCCCAUAUGCUUCCAUACCGAAGUCAUUGUAUGACCUAAGGAAGAUAAUAGGAGAAUUAGGACUUAGUUAUGAUAAAAUUGAUGCAUGUCCUAAUGAUUGUAUGCUGUACUGGAUAUCGCGGAUACUGGUGGAUAAUGGCUGCUCCGUUAACAUAAUCCAACUAGAGAAAUUGAAAAGGAUGAAUGUAUCUCCGAUUGAUAUCACCUCAAAGUCCACUGUACUUGUUGGUUUCAGUAGGGAAGCCAGGAACACAGUGUGA